GUUUUUUCUACCAUUAUUUGGACACCACUGACAAACUGUCAAGGAAAUCAUAAUGAGGAAAUUUAAGCUUAUAAUUUCUAAUUAUAAGUUUGAAAUCACCAACCCGCAUUAA